GACGAUUUUUCAAGGCAAGUUAAACUCACUUUUUUAUUCACGAAUGUGAAUAAUGUAAAGGAUUUUAUUAUUAAUGAUGAGAAUUAUGAGUUAUUCUCGCUUUAUUUGAAUGGAGUUCUACAUAUACAUUCUGUUUCUAUAAUUAUUACAACAUAUUCACUUUAUUCUUAUCCAUCUCAUUCUUUCCUUUCACUUUAUACACCUCCUAUUCUCCGAAUUCCCUUCUUUUCGGCUAAUG